AUGUAUGAUUUAACAGAAUAUGAAGGCUUAACGAUGUCAGAUGUAAAGAAAGGCAAACCAAAAAAGAGACCAUAUAGAGAUGAAAGCACACUGACAAAUGACCAGAAAGCCAUUUUGGAAGCUCUUAAGCAAACAGGAAACCCAGCACUUAUAGAAAGCUUUUGGAAAGAUAAUGGUGAAAAGAAGUUUUAUAAGAAGAGAAGCGGUCAGUUCUGGAAGUAUCUUUGCACAUUACCUAUAAAUCUUGAACGCUACCAAAUCUUCAAUGAACUGAACAAAAGAACUGCAACACUUAUGACAGAGGACAAUUGUUUCGUUUAUGCUUGCAUUCAGGCUGGAGUAAAUGAAGAAACUAUUGACCACAUGAGAGAAGUCAUUCGUGUUAGAGACUUUCCUCAAAGUAAAGUACAAGAAAUUUCUGACGCAACAGGUAUAUCAUUUAAUGUUACCAUUGGUUAUUUCAAUGACUCAAGACAUAAUGAAAUAAAGAGAUAUAUACCAAAAGAAUGCGAAACUGUUAGAACUAUUGACUUACUUCUUGUUGAAGACCACUACAUGCUAAAUGAAAGAUUACCAAUGACAACAUACUUCAUUCGAAACUAUAAAGAAAUUCUCAAAGCUUGUGGUGGAAUGAACAUUGAGAAACAGAUGAAGAUUUAUACAAAGAGAGAAGAUAAAUAUGUAGUUCGUUAUGAUAGAACAACACCGUUAUGGGAUGUUAUGAAAACAUUGUGGGAGUGCAAAUAUUUCGAACCUAUUUCUUAUGGAGAACUUUUCACAUAUACUACUGACUUAUAUAAACAGAACCUUGCACCAUUUAAAGAUUUGACAUAUGCUCCAAAGUAUUGUGUACAACUGAAGAAGAAAGCAGAGUCAAAAGAA